AACAAGCGAAAUAGGCCUUGUUCCCUUCUAAUUAGAACGCCAAAAAGAUUCGCUGCUUGUUUGGCGAGAACCCGAGAGAACCGUGGAGGGAGAGAGAGAGAGCGAUUCCAGCGUUCUCCAUUCUUUUUGGGUCUCUCUUCUCUUAUCUCCUUAAUCUCCCCUAGAGAUUAGAUCGAUCAUCGAUGUCGAUCUCUCCAGACUCGCACGCUCCUGAAAGCUCUCUUGCUAGGCUUGCUCCAGUUGAAGCCGUUUUGUUUGAUGUUGAUGGAACACUGUGUGAUUCAGAUCCCCUUCAUUACUUUGCUUUCAGAGAGAUGCUUUUAGAGAUUGGUUAUAACAAUGGAAUCCCCAUAGAUGAGGAAUUUUUUAUAAAAAACAUUGCAGGAAGGCACAGUGAUGACACUGCUAGAAUCUUAUUUCCAGACUGGGAUUUCGAAAAAGCUUCUAAAUUUGUUGACGACAAGGAAGCUAUGUUUCGAAGGAUUGUGGCUGAACAAUUAAAGCCAAUAGAUGGUAUCCACAAGCUAUGCAAAUGGGUUGAGGAUCAAGGCCUGAAGCGUGCAGCAGUAACUAAUGCACCGAGAGCAAACGCAGAGCUUAUGAUCUCGAUGCUCGGUCUUUCUGACUUCUUCCAGGUUGUCAUAAUUGGGAGCGAAUGUGAGAGAGCAAAACCUUUCCCUGAUCCUUACUUGAAGGCCCUCAAGGAGCUCAAUGCUUCGGCCGAGCACACUUUCAUCUUUGAGGACUCAGCAUCCGGAAUAAAGGCUGGUGUGGCUGCCGGAAUGCCCGUUAUUGGCUUAACAACGAGAAAUCCUGAGAAAUCUCUGAAAGAAGCAGGAGCUACCUUCCUGAUUAAGGACUAUGAAGAUCCAAAGCUUUGGAAGGCAUUGGGAGAGUUGGAAAAGGAUGGAGCAAUCCUGAGAUGCCAAUCUUCUGUUUCCAAAUAAUUCAAAGAAAAUAAAAGUAGGAUAUUCAACAUUAGAUCUUUGGACAAGAUCAUAUUUGAUCAUAGCAUUUUCCUUUUCAUUGUCUUGUAAGGCAGAAGAGCAAGAACUCUGCAAACAUUCAUGGGUUCAAAUAAGAUAUGUUGGCGAAAUCCACAUAUUGGAUGAAUGAUUCACGUAUUAGAGGAAUGAAAGAUGAAUGAAUAAUUUUCUAUUUAUGUA